UGGCCUAAAUUACCCAAAUUCCCAAACAACUUGUCCCAUCUCCCCCAAUUCUCUCUCUCUACCCUACUUUCUCUCUCUAAAAACCUCCAUAACCCCUCCGACGAAGGAACUGAAGAAGAAGACGACCACCAGCGAGAAGAAGAGGGGCUGAUUUGAUCGGACUCGUUUCUGGGCAUUUUCCAUUCUCAGAUGGGAAUGCCCGAACGAUGAUCAAACCCAGUCUUAACCAACACCACAACAACAAGGACUGUGACUGUUUUUACGACUCUCUUGAUCGCAUUUUCUCUUCUUCCUCCUCCUCCUCUUCUUCUUCUCCCCCUGAAGACGAACGCGAUAGAGAUCCCAAUUCCAAUUCCAUUUCGGAUUCCCCCAAUUAUGCUCCAAACCCUAGAUUCCCAAUGGGUUUGUCCAACAACUACGAUAUCUGGAUCUCCGAACCCUCCUCCGUCGAAGAACGCCGAAUUCAACUUCUCCGCCAGAUGGGUCUCAGCCGCGACCCCAUUCUUUCCCGCCAAAUCCCUUCUCUCUCCGCCGAUUUCGAUGCCGGUGGUGGUGUCUUCGGUAGGUCGGUCUCGGCCGAUCAUUUGAUUCGAACUCAACAACGAGCUCAGAUUUCUUCCAGUAAUUUCAACCCUGGUGUUGUUCGAUCGAAAUCGGAUACCGAGGCCUCUCCACAUGAUCAAUGUAAUUCUAUUUCUUCUUCAAUUUGUUCUCCUCAAAUUCUUUCAAUUAAUUCAACUUCACCGCCGGUUUUCAAACCCGAGGGACCGUUUGUAAAUAACCAUAGUGUUGUUAAAUCUCAAAAUGGCAAUGGAUUGUUGGGUCUUAAUGCUGGUUCACCGAAUAAGCCGCCCACAGGCAAAAACUCGAGGCGGGUGGAGGAGAUUAGGAUUGAUUCCACCAGUUCUAAUCUGAAUUUUAAUUCUAGUUCCUCGCCUGUUUUGGGAAAUUCGGGCGAUAGGGAAUUAGACGAUGAUUCGGGUUGUAAUGGGAUUGUUGAGGUUGAUGGCCCAGUGUGUACAAUUAAGAAUCUUGACACUGGGAAGGAGUUUGUGGUGAAUGAGGUUAGAGAAGAUGGUAUGUGGAACAAGCUUAAGGAAGUGGGAACUGGAAAGCAGUUGACCAUGGAGGAGUUUGAGAUGUGUGUUGGGCAUUCGCCGAUUGUUCAAGAAUUGAUGAGGAGGCAGAAUGUGGAGGAUGGUCAUAAGGAUAAUGUGGAUCCUAAUGCGAAAGGUAGUGGUGGGAUUGGAUCAAAAUCGAAGAAGAAAGGGAGUUGGUUGAAGAGCAUAAAGAAUGUUGCAAGUAGCAUGACGGGCCAUAAGGAGAGACGGAGCAGUGAUGAGAGAGAUACUUCAUCAGAGAAGGGUGGGCGGAGAUCAAGCUCAGCCACUGAUGAUAGCCAAGAUGUUACAUUUCAUGGCCCCGAGAGAGUUCGUGUUCGACAGUAUGGAAAAUCAUGCAAAGAGCUCACAGCACUGUACAAGAGCCAGGAGAUACAGGCUCACAAUGGCUCGAUUUGGACUAUUAAGUUUAGCCUGGAUGGUAAGUAUCUUGCCAGUGCCGGUGAAGACUGUGUGAUUCAUGUGUGGCAAGUUGUGGAAUCAGAAAGAAAGGGUGAUCUGUUAAUAGAUAAGCCAGAAGAUGGGAAUUUGAAUAUUUUUUUUGUUGCCAAUGGGUCACCCGAACCAAUUUCUUUGUCACCAAAUUUGGACAGCCUGCCAGAGAAGAAGAGAAGAGGAAGAUCUUCCAUAAGCCGGAAAUCAGUGAGCCUGGAUCACAUUAUGGUGCCAGAGACUGUGUUUGCACUUUCAGAAAAACCAAUUUGUUCAUUCCAAGGGCAUCUUGAUGAUGUACUUGACCUGUCAUGGUCCAAGUCUCAGCAUUUGCUCUCAUCUUCAAUGGACAAAACUGUGCGCCUUUGGCACUUGUCUGGCAAGUCUUGUUUGAAGGUUUUUUCGCACAGUGAUUAUGUAACUUGCAUCCAGUUUAAUCCUGUUGAUGAUAGAUACUUCAUCAGUGGAUCCUUAGAUGCUAAGGUUCGUAUAUGGAGCAUUCCUGAUCGUCAAGUUGUUGAUUGGAAUGAUCUGCAUGAGAUGGUCACUGCUGCUUGCUAUACACCAGAUGGUCAGGGUGCACUGGUUGGUUCAUACAAGGGGAGCUGCCGCUUAUACAACACUUCUGAAAAUAAGUUGCAACAAAAAGCUCAAAUCAAUCUGCAAAAUAAGAAAAAGAAAUCUCAUCAAAAGAAGAUCACUGGUUUUCAGUUUGCACCAGGAAGCUCAUCAGAAGUGCACAUUACAUCUGCAGAUUCACGGAUACGGGUCAUUGAUGGUGUUGAUCUGGUUCACAAGUUUAAAGGGUUUCGCAACACGAACAGUCAAAUCUCGGCGUCCCUGACAGCAAAUGCAAAAUAUGUGCUUUGUGCGAGCGAGGAUUCUCAUGUCUAUAUUUGGAAACACGAAGGUGAUUCCCGACCCAGCAGAAGCAAAGGUGUUACCGUUACACAGUCGUAUGAGCAUUUCCACUGUCAAGACGUGUCAGUGGCGAUCCCUUGGCCGGGCAUGUGCGACGCGUGGGGAUUCCAAGACGCUCAAACCGAUCAUUUGGAUGAGGUCUCCACUGCCAAUCAUCCUCCUACACCUGUUGAAGAGUUUAAUGACGAGAAAUCACCAUUGGCAUCUGGGUGCUCAAGUAGUCCGCUUCAUGGAACCAUUUCGAGCGCAACAAACAGUUACUUCUUUGAUCGAAUCUCAGCAACAUGGCCGGAGGAAAAACUUGUUUUGGCUAGCAACAACCCUGGCAGUCCUCCUCGUGUUAGUGUGGAUUUCACUAAUGGGACAAGCCAAAGUAGGUCAGCAUGGGGCAUGGUAAUUGUAACUGCUAGCCUUCGAGGGGAAAUCAGAACUUUCCAGAAUUUUGGAUUGCCAGUUCGGAUUUGAGAAGUCUAGCACGUUGAUUAAGGUCUGCAAUUUAUUCUGUUACCCUAAGUUGGCAAAAUUUGUACAGACAUAUUUGGUGCUGGGAUUUGUAAUAUUAGUGAGUUCAUUUCUUGUUUCCUAGUGCUUGUGCUAGUCGGAUUUGGAGCACAUCCGACUUGGCAAAAAGAAGAGAGAGAGAGAGAGAGGUUUGUCGAGGGGGGAAAUCACAGUGAAUCUAGGAACAGAUGGAGGAAUUGUAGAGUUAGGAGCAUGGCAAAAAGUAUAUUGAAUUUAAGCAGAAUUCUUUUGAAGGUUCAUCUAUGCGUACAUGAACCGGGGUUGUGAAUCUGGAAAAAUUGAUCGAUUUAGGUAGUUUGAAAUGCUAGUAAAUCGAUUUAUUUAAAUUGUAUCAUUUUGAUUAAAUUGUGAUUAUUUUGGUGAUA